ACAUUCCCAGGAUGGAAGCUUUGUCUUUCCCCAGGUAUAAUGUAGCUGAGAUUUUGAUUCAUAUACGGAACAAAAUCUUAACAGGAGCUGAUGCUAAAAACCUCUCCAAGAAUGAUCUUUAUCCAAAUCCAAAGCCUGAAGUCUUGCACAUGAUCUACAUGAGAGCCUUACAAAUAGUGUACGGAAUUCGGCUAGAGCAUUUCUACAUGAUGCCAGUGAACUCUGAAGUCAUGUAUCCACAUAUAAUGGAAGGGUUUUUACCAGUCAGCAAUUUAUUUAUUCAUCUGGACUCAUUUCUGCCCAUCUGUCGGGUGAAUGACUUUGAGAUUGCUGAUAUUUUAUGUCCAAAAGCAAAACGGACAAGUCGGUUUUUAAGUGGCAUUAUCAACUUUAUUCACUUCAGAGAAGCAUGCCGUGAGACGUAUAUGGAGUUCCUUUGGCAAUAUAAAUCCUCUGUGGACAAAAUGCAACAGUUAAAUGCUGCACACCAGGAGGCAUUAAUGAAAUUGGAGAAACUUGAUUCUGUUCCAGUUGAAGAGCAAGAAGAAUUUAAGCAGCUUUCAGAUGAUAUUCAGGAACUGCAGCAAUUGCUUAAUCAGGAGUUUCGUCAAAAAACAAUAGUGCUACAAGAAGGAAAUUCCCAAAAGAAAUCAGAUAUUUCAGAGAAAACCAAGCGUUUGAAUGAACUAAAAUUGUCCCUGACUUCUAUGAAAGAAGUACAAGAGAAUUUGAAAGCAAAAAUUGUGGAUUCUCCAGAGAAGCUUAAGAAUUUUAAAGAAAAAAUGAAAGAUACAGUCCAGAAGCUUAAAAAUUCCAGGCAAGAAGUGAUGGAAAAAUAUGAAACCUAUCGAGACUCGGUUGACUGCCUUCCUUCAUGUCAGCUAGAAGUGCAGUUAUAUCAAAAGAAAAUACAAGACCUUGCAGAUAAUAGAGAAAAACUAACCAGUAUCUUAAAGGAGAGCCUGAACUUGGAAGACCAAAUUGAGAGCGAAGAGUCAGAACUGAAGAAAUUGAAGACUGAAGAAAAUUCAUUUAAAAGACUGAUGAUUGUGAAGAAAGAAAAGCUUGCCACAGUACAGUUCAAAAUAAAUAAGAAACAUGAGGAUAUCAAGCAGUACAAACGUACAGUAAUUGAGGAUUGUAAUAAAGUUCAGGAAAAAAGAGGUGCUGUCUAUGAGCGAGUAAUCACAAUUAAUCAAGAAAUCCAAAAAAUCAGAUUUGGAAUUCAGCAGCUAAAAGAUACCACCGAGAGAGAAAAACUCAAAUCUCAGAUAGAGGUAGAUUUCAGAGAGUACCAGACUCCCCACCGGAAUGCAGUUCUCAAUAGCAGUACGGCUAAUGUGCAGUUUCCAAGAAUGCUUGAAAAAAUUCAGAACCAUUAUGGGAAAAAUCAGAUCAAAGAGGAAUGCAAAAAGUCUCCUACUAUAAAGCACAGGUCUGCUGAUCAGUCAGUCGAAUGUCAGAGAGAAUUGCAAGCUGUGACAGAGAAGAGGCUCAUUUUUAUGAUUUUUGAACUUCAUUGGCAUUACUUGGCAACAGGGAUUUGUACAGUGGUGGGAGGGAUCCCACAGCCUUCAGAGGGCCUGUUGUUCCUCUCAGUGGAGUCAAUUCCGUCUCCUAGGCUCAGAGGAAACCAGGACCUGUGGUGCCAUCCUAGUUCUCACACCAUGGCUGAGCCUCUCAGACAGGCCAAUGAUCUCUUCCGACUUCUUAGACAUGAAUGUAAAAGGUUCAGAUUGAUUUUUGUAUUAGAUACAAUGUUUGGAUUAGCUGUUGCAGAUUUACAUUUAUUAACAUUUUGCAACAAGAAAUACAGGCUACAGUUUAUCAGGAUUCCUGUGGCUCUUGAGAAAGAAGGCAGAGGAGAAAAUAACCUGAGGACCAGAAGAAAUUAG